GCGUAAUUUAUUUUAUGAUAUUCAAAAUGAAUCCGUUAAAAUAGAGCAUAAAUAAGUAGGCAGCCAAAUUAAUUUUUACGUAAGAUAUAAGAGAACGUGAAAUCACAGCGAGCAACGUCAGUCUGUUUGCGCGUGUGAGCGUGUGUGUGUUGUUUUUCUUCAUCCUUUAGUACCGCGACACGCCGAGGGAUGGAGCCAGCAUGAGAAUCCGGGGAAACUGCCGCCGAGCGUAAAGGGGCUGGUUCAGAGCAGAGCAACAUCUCUCUCGGCGGUGCCAGGUGUGUUCAAACCUGUGGCAGACAAACGUUCGGCAGAUGUCUCUCCGCGCAGUCACAACGGGGUGGAUCUCAGCUGCGUAAACACCCGAACCGGUGCGCGCACCCGCCCGUCGCCUCUCCGCCUGCCCACAGGUACGAUGGGAUUCUCGCUUCAGCGACAGAACGCUCCCCAAUCCGCCGCCAAGUGAGUGAUUAUAUCCCGUCUACGGGUUUUCUGCGACUUGUCACCAGAAGGCUCAUCCAGAUGCAAGUCGAGGCGUAAAUGCAAAGAACGGCAGCACACACACGCUUCACUCUCUCAUUGACCGCCUCGUCGGUGUCAACUCUCCUGCUUUACGCACAAGAAGCGCUUGGGAUCGAUACGGCCGAGAAGGACUGACAGGAGCGUAGACGUUUGACGCGCCGUACCGGAUCCGACCAGACGAUCGUACAUGUCAAGAGGAUGAAAUCCCCCGCAGGUCGGCAGAAUAACUCCUGGGGGUCAACCAGGCUGCGUCACUUCACGCUUAUUUAACGGCCACAGACCGAGGAGCACUCCCGCCACUUUGGUUUAAUUCUUUCACAAUAAAAGGAGACCGAGCAUGUCCAGAACGCUGAAGAAGAAGAAACACUGGUCCGCCAAGGUGGUGGACUGCGCCGUGUCAUGGGGGAGCCUUGGGGACUUCGGCUCCGUGGUGGAGAUCCUGGGAGGCGCGGAGGUCGGACAGUUCCCCCACAUUGGCCAGAUGAAGCUGGACGUGCUGGUGUGUCACGUCGGAAAGCUGCCCUACUACGGGGACGUCCUGCUCGAGGUGAACGGCACGCCCGUCAGCGGGCUCACGAACCGCGACACCCUGGCAGUCAUCCGCCACUUUCGGGAGCCGAUUCGCCUGAAGACCGUCAAACCAGGCAAAGUGUUGAACACAGACCUGCGCCACUACCUCAGUCUGCAGUUCCAGAAGGGCUCGCUCGACCACAAACUGCAACAGAUAAUACGAGACAACCUCUAUCUACGCACCAUACCCUGCACCACACGGCUUCCCCGCGAAGGGGAGGUGCCUGGUGUGGAUUACAACUUCAUCAGCGUUGGAGACUUCAGGAUCCUGGAGGAAAGUGGACUGCUCUUGGAGAGCGGGACCUAUGAUGGUAACUACUAUGGGACCCCGAAGCCGCCGGCAGAGCCCAACCUAGUGCAGCCUGACCUGGUGGACCAGGUGCUGUUUGAUGAGGAUUUCAGCGGCGAAGUCCCCAGGAAGCGCACCACCUCAGUCAGUAAGAUGGAUAGGAAGGAUAGUGCUGUACCGGAGGAGGAGGACGAUGAUGAAAGGCCCCCGCUGGUCAAUGGAUUGCCUGAGCACAAAGACUGGAGGAAAACGGUGCCCAGCUACAAUCAGUCCAGCAGCGCCAUGGACUUCCGUACAUGGAGCUCUCUUCCCCGUGAUGACAGCCUGGAGCCCCUGCCUUACAACUGGGAGAUGGCGUACACCGAGACUGGCAUGGUCUACUUCAUAGAUCACAAUACAAAGACAACCACGUGGUUGGACCCCCGCUUGGCAAAGAAGGCAAAGCCCCCAGAGAAGUGUGAGGAUGGCGAGCUACCGUACGGCUGGGAGGAAAUUGAUGACCCACAAUAUGGCACUUACUAUGUUGACCACAUCAAUCAGAGAACCCAGUUUGAGAACCCAGUCCUGGAGGCAAAGAAGAAGCUAAGCAAAGACACUGCUGUGAUCCAGCAAGCUGCAGCGGCACCUUCUCAAGGUAAGGGAGGAAUGCUUGGCUUCACCGCAGACCCUGGCCAGCUGAAGGGGGAGAUGUACCACACAGCUCUGAAGAAAAGCUCCCAGGGCUUUGGAUUUACCAUCAUCGGAGGUGACCGCACAGACGAGUUUCUGCAGGUGAAAAACGUGCUUAGCGACGGCCCUGCCGCCCAGGACAACAAGAUGGCGUCUGGGGACGUGAUCGUCGAAAUCAACGGGACAUGUGUGCUGGGAAAGACCCAUCCAGAGGUGGUGCAGAUGUUCCAGUCCAUCCCCAUCAACCAAUACGUAGACAUGGUCCUCUGUCGCGGGUACCCGCUUCCUCCUGACGUGGAUCUAAACAGCGACGACCCUCUUCCCCCUCCCCCUCCCCCGCCAGCCAAUCAGUCCCAGCAGACCCUCCACGGCGGGGAGGUGGUGACGGCGGUGCCGCUCAUCAACGGUCAACCCCUGCUGGUGAAAGGCGACGUCCUGCACGGCUCUUCGCAGGAACUUCACUACGUCACCACAGACGCCAGCGGGCGGCCCGUCGUGGCUGCGUUGCCCAACGGCAGGCAGCCCGAGCCGGGAGAAGGGGCGGCGGGGAUGCUGCAGCCGGAGCUGGUGAGCGUGCCGCUGGUGAAGGGGCCCGGAGGAUUUGGGUUCGCCAUCGCCGACUGCCCCCUGGGCCAGAAGGUCAAGAUGAUCUUGGACGCCCAGUGGUGCCGUGGGCUGCAAAAAGGAGACGUGAUCAAGGAGAUCAACAUGCAAAACGUCCAAACUCUUAGUCACGCGCAAGUGGUGGACAUCCUGAAAGACUUUCCUGUGGGCAGCGAGGUCAACGUUCUGGUGCUGAGAGGAGGUCAGACGUCUCCGGUGAAGUCUCUGAAGCCGAGGCAGGAGAUGACGGCCAGCACGGAGACGCUAGACGCCAUCGCGGACGCAACUCCCCAGGCGUUGCCUUACCACUCCAACACGAGCACCCUGCGCUCGUCUGACUCCCCCAAGCGAGACGCCACGGAGAUGUACCUGAAGUCCAAAGCCCUGCUGGAGAGCAGGCAGCCUCACACCAAAGACAUAGAUGUUUUUCUCAAGAGAGACAUCGAGACGGGCUUCGGCUUCCGGGUUCUGGGAGGAGAAGGUCCACAGCAGCCAAACGUGUUUCCCCAGGUUUACAUCGGGGCCAUCGUGCCCAACGGAGCUGCAGAGAAGGACGGUCGCCUCAGAGCAGGAGACGAGCUCAUCGGCAUCGACGGCGUGAUGGUCAAAGGUCGGUCACACAAGCAGGUGUUGGACCUGAUGACCAAUGCAGCCCGAAACGGUCAAGUCAUGCUGACUGUUCGCCGGAAGGUCAUCUACAGAGCAGACGCACCAGACGAAGACACCCAGGAAAUGGCUCCGGUCCUGGUGAACGGUUCGCCGAAGCUACCUCGCCUACCAAUGCCCAGCGCACUGGACCACGAGUCUUUCGAUAUCACGCUCCACCGCAAGGAGAACGAGGGCUUUGGCUUUGUUAUCCUCACAUCCAAGAGCAAACCCCCUUAUGGCGUGAUCCCUCACAAAAUUGGCCGUAUCAUUGAAGGCAGCCCCACUGACCGCUGCGGCCUGCUCCACGUCGGCGAUCGUAUCUCCGCCGUCAACGGGCGCUCCAUCAUUGAGCUCUCUCACAAUGACAUUGUUCAGCUUAUCAAGGAUGCUGGCACCGUCGUCACCCUCACUGUGGUUCCUGAGGAUGAAUACAAGGGCCCACCGUCGGGAGCAAGUUCAGCUAAACAGAGUCCAGCUCUUCAACACAGGGCCGUCGGACAAAGGUCCGCACUGCACGAUGAACGUUAUAACUUGGACUUGGAAGACAAACGGGAUGGAGUCAACUGGUCGGACCAUAAAACUCUGCCACCGGCUGAGCAGGGAACACUGUGUGUGACAGGACCUAACCAGGGUUGUCUGACUGUGGAGUUGGAGAGAGGUCCCGUAGGCUUUGGUUUCAGCAUGCGUGGAGGAACGGAGUACAACAUGGGCCUCUAUAUCCUGAGGCUUGCUGAAGAUGGACCAGCUCAGCAGGACGGAAGAAUCCAUGUUGGAGAUGAGAUAGUGGAGAUUAAUGGGGAGCCGGCUCGUGGCAUUUCCCACACACGGGCAAUUGAUCUGAUCCAAGCUGGAGGAAACAAAGUGGUCCUGCUGCUGCGACCUGGAGCAGGACUGGCCCCGGACGGAAACCGACGUCAUCCAAAACUCAUUUCAUCCGCAAGCUAUCCUGAGGAGGUGUUCCUUUCUGGCACAUCGCCUCAGUACCCUCCGUAUCCCACUGGGGCUUCCGUCUUUUUCCCCCCAACUUUAUCCAGCAAACUGAAACAUUCUCGCAGUGGGAGCACCAAAUCCCUGCAAGGCCACGAGCUCCGUCACAGCAGGGGUCUGGGCUCACUGGAGGAGAGCGAUGAGUGGGCAGAAAAGAAGACCAACAGGCUCUCUCCCCUUCUUUACGAUCAAACGCAGUUCUCCAGGAGAACCAGGUCCACAAAUGACUCCAGAGAGCUAAGCAGCCCAAAGAAAACAGAGGAGACGUUUCCUAAAGCCAAAGAGCAACAUCAGAGUCCAAAAAGGACCGACGGUCAGGCGGAGGCAGCAACACUGAGCAGGAGCAAAAUGCCUCCGACGAAUAAUUCACAAACACAAACCGGGAACCAGGAGAAGGCUAGGGCUCGGCAUCAGGCGGUGUCAAGCCUACAGCAGACGGAGCAUCAACAAGGGCAUCACUGGAGAUUAAAGGACUCCUCCAGCAGAGAGAGCUUAGGUAAUGAAAAUAAAAACGGCGAGAUGGGAACUCCUCAGUUCAGAAGAUACACGCUAGGAAAUGAGUCAAGAACGAGGCCAGGCCUUGAGCGAGAGCGCUUCAAAAGAAGCGAGGGGGUGUUUCUUCGUCACAGGACGCUGUCUGUUACAGCGAGGGAGAGUGACACAGGUAGAAACAAAGACCCUGAGCCCCGGGACGUUAAUGGCAGCCCCGCAGAAAACAAGAGCGUAAGCAAAGGCGCUGUUAACAAAAGAGACUCGUUGUCAUUUUUUAAAGACUUGUGGAGCAGAAAAGACUCUGCAGCUUCGCCACAGGAGACGAAAGUGAGAGAGCGUAAAUCAUUUAUCUUCAAAGAACGGCAUAAUAAAGAGGACUCUGUGGCCUCUACAGACAGCAUUGCAGGGACCACCCAGAGCCAAAAGGGAUCCGUUGGCCCUGGGCCGUGGAAAGUACCAAGCUCUGCCAAAAUCCUCACAAAAGCAGAGGUCCUCCGUGACCCUCUGUGACAGAACAUUAAAUCACCUGGACAGGAACUGUGCCAUGAAAUCUUGACGCUAUAAACGUAAUAGUUGGUUCUUUUUUCAGAGAUCUUCCAUGAAACAGAGAUGUGCAACAUGCUGACCAUUUUCAUUAUCCUUAGAUUGCGGUCAGAUUUAUAUUUUGGGAGUAGUAUGAUUUCACAUGUGACAUGUAGCACUUCCCUCUGCCUUGUUUGCUGCAUCAGUACCUUCGGUGUGGGACUUCAGCACACGCGGCACGCUCGGGGGCCUUGUCGGACCAAGACAUCUUAAAAUGUGAAAAUGUGCCAAUCCUGGGAGUCUCCUGUGGAACAAUAACGACCAUUCCCACCCGUAACAAUGCAAUGACCCAUAUGCAAAGAAGGGAGCAAGGCCCUGCCUUUGAUUUGUAGUGAACACCCAAUGUGGCUGUCAUAAGGUUUCAUUUUGCCUCAUUGGGGGACAUUUAGACCUUUUAUUUUGUUUUUUUGGUUUUUUUUACUUUCAGGCUUGUUUAACUGCAUGCUGUUAGUCCUUGGUUUUGCUUUAAUGCACGUUCUCUGCACAUCAUUCGGGACGGACCGCUUCCUUGUUUUUAAUUCUCAUUCUUACAACUGGGCUGAUUUGAAGUACUGGUGUGAAAAUGUUUACUUUAAUGGUUACUUCAGACUGUUUAGAGGGUUUUGUCGUGGCACUCCUUCACCAUCAUCAAAAAAGACCAGAAACUUGUGGUUUGAUAUCUUGUUUACCAUGUGUAUAAAACAGAGCGUGUAAUUUAUUAAGACACUAGAUGAAAAAGUAUAUAUAUAUAUAUAUAUAUAUAUAUAUAUAUAUAUAUAUAUAUAUAUAUAUAUAUACAUCUGUGUGUGUUUGUACCAAAUCAUUACACGUUUUCAUAUAGACUUUGGAAAAUGUCCCAGUUACUGAAAUUGGAGCAUUCUUCUGACUCCUAAAGUACUUCAGUGGUAGGAAUUACCAUGGAUCUUUUACAGUAGUUCAUGAAAUGUAUAGACAUUCAAACUGCUGUACCAAAUGUUUGCAAUCUCUCAAAAUGUGUCUCAUUGUGAAAUAUAUUAUAUAUAUAUAUAUAUAGAUAUAUAAAUAUUUGAAUGUGUCAUAAUUUACAAAUGAUAUCUAUUGAAUUCCAUUGCACUGCAUCUGCCCCUGUAGCAUAACAGAAAGAGCUGUAUUUAACUACUGACAUUCACUUAAUACCAGUUCAUUUUUUUAAAUGACGUAUUGGUACUAUUAUUAUUUAUUUUACAAUGGCAUUUCAUGUUUUCCAAAGGGUUCAAGGUAAUUUAUGUAAAGCUUUACCAGAUCUGUGUCAUUUCCCUGGUUGUUUAUGUUUGACUACUGAGAAACUGACUGCUGUACGUUGUCCGCCUAUCCUGCCGUGUGGUCGUCCAUUAGGCUAGCAUGAAGGAUGACAGAGGCCAGAGUGAUGUGGUGUUUCACUGAGACACUGUCCAUGCUGCUGAUGUAAGGCUUGUGUUUGGACAAGCCACCAACAUACAUGUCACAGGGCUGUAAAGCAGGUAUUUAUAAGACAAAUGGUUCCAAAAAGUGUUGCACGUGGAAUCGACCAAUCGGAAGUUAAAAUGGGGAAAUUUGAGAAAUUACAAUAUAUGAUUUAAGACACACUCAGACGAGCUCAGGGAACACAGUAUUGUAGCAAAUAUGUGAUAAAGUUCAUACUAACGGCAGCCAAACGGAGGGUAAACUUUGAUUGUAUCAGGCAGUUUUCAGUUUACAAGUCUGCUAAGGCUAUGAGUUUUGUGCAAUAGUUUGAUUGGUAUGUUUGAGUCAGUCCAGCUCUGAAUACCAGGUACAGGCUGUUCACUCUGGUCCUGAGAAGGAUAACACUCUUUCUACUCUUGUCUCCCCUGCACUGGUUGACUUCCUGAUGCUUUUGUUCUGACCAUUUUCUAUGUCAUCUCUGCAUCAUACUGUGGCCUUGCAUUGCUUCAUUAUGAGAAAAGAAACAAUUCCUUGUGGUAUCUUCUACAUUCUGUAGGACCAGUAGAUGUAAAUGUUUGUACAUUGUACAGCACCUUUAUAAACCAACCUGCCGAGUGCUCUUUUGGGGAGAAACAAACAAAAAAAAAUAGAGGUAUAUUGAAAUUGCUCUGUUAUUUUUUUAUGUAAAAGAAAUUAAAAAAGAGAAAAUAUUUAAAAUGGAUUGAAAGGGGUAGGCUAUGACCUUGACAUAGUAUUCUGUUCAUGCACUAAAAAUAAAACUUUGCUGAAAAUAA